AUGGACUAUAUAGACGAUUUUGACGAAGAACGAAUUCUUGAUGAGAUCAGAAGGGUUUCAAGAGACCUCAGACUGUUGGAAUCCAAAAAAAAUCCUUAUCUUCAUAUCUCAUCAAAUUUAGAAGCCCUUUAUGGCAUUAACCUCCGUUCCGCUUCUCAUACUACUAUAAUAUCACCAUCUAAUGGCGACGUUCUGAAUGUUAAGAACGAGAAUGCAUCUCGACAUUUCAAGAAGAAAUCAUCUUUAGCGUAUGCCACCCUAGACUCUAUUUUUGAAGAAGAUAUAGAUGAACGCGAGGCAAGAAGCUACGCAGAUAACGAAGAAGACGAAGAUGAAUAUAACGAAUGUGUUCAACUGAAUCCAACCCUCGAAGCAGCCUAUCAGAAAAUCCCCACAGCUCUAGAAUCACAACUUUGGUACCUGCUUAAUCCGCCAGAAAGCGAGAACAAUUCCAUAUCCGAUUCUAGAAGUGUCAUCAUGUAUCAAAGAAUAGCAGGAGAUACCGACUCUGAAGAUAUGGAUACCCAUCUUGACUUGGAUACAACAGAUAUGUGUGAAAGUCCAGAUGAAACAAAAUCAACCCCCGAAGGCUCAGCGCUUUCCAACAAUGAUACUGUAAAUACUUCCAAGGACCUUCCGGAAACAAUUUCUGAUAAGAUAUUACCAGAAAAUCAUGAGAAUGAAUCAAAUAUACCCCUAGAACAUAACAUUAGUUCAGGUGAUUUCACUAUGGACAGUAGAACAUCUCAAGUACCUGCAUCCCCAUAUCCAUUAUUCGAGUUUUCUUCUAAAAGAGAGAAACCUAUUUCGAAAAUUGUUAAAGAACCAUCAUCACCACCCUCUACACCCAAAACAAUUAUACUGCAUUCUUCCCCAAGAAAACUUCCAAGGGAUUUAAGAGUGUUGCAAAAGUCAUAUGAAGCUUCUGUUACACCAUUUCAAUUUUCAACUUCCAAAACAGUAAUUCGUCCGUCUGAUUCUUCUGAAACUUCCAGUAUUGCGUCUCUCCCACCUCCACUACCACCUAAAGAUGCCAAUCAAGAUUUCAAGUACUUACGAAGAGCUAGACGGAAAUCCAUGAUGUUGAGUGCAGAUAGUGAGCAUAAGAACAUUGAUGACAGUAAGAAGUUGGAAGGUGACAAGAAAAUGGGUGCAAAAAAUCAUGGACGGUCCAAACUUAACAAUGAAAUAGGCUCGUCACCAUCAGCAGCGGAACCUAAUACACAAUCAGAAAACAAUUGCAUUUCUUCUGGUAAUAAGGAGAUAGACACAAUAGGCAUCCUGACAUCUAAAUCUUGGGACAGCAAUAAAGAGAAUAUGCCCGAAGAAGAAGUACCUAUUUCAGAUCCUACUGCUAAAGCAAUGGACGUAGACAAUCUUAACUUAGAAUUAGAGGACUCGGAUAUGUUCAUGGACACCACAUUUAAAAGUGCUGAUGAAUCUGCAAAUCAGUCCAAGCUCGAAUUAUUACUUCACGAUAUUGCCCAAUAUACCAAACAAGAGAACUUUGAUACCUCGCUCACCAAAACGACAUUGCUUGAGGGUGUGAAUGGAAGAGUUACUACCCCAAUUAAUUCAAGGAUACAAACUCUCAUGGAAAGCCUAGCCAAUUAUGUUGAAGAGAACGAGAAUAGUACUCAUUUAAAGAGGUUCAUUAAUGACGUACUUACUCGUCCUCCAAAUGCAUCUAAAGAUGCCAUAAAUGAAAGCCCUAUCAUUGCAAAUUGUGACGAUUCCCAAGUAAUGGAGAAACUUGAAUCGUAUACCAGAUCAGAACCAAACCCAAUAAGGGUAUCUUCCGCUGUGACUCCACCUUUUCCCCCCACUUCCACGUUGUCAGUGACAAACUCCGACUCUUCUGACCAUGACGAUGACACCAGACAUUAUAGUUACUAUUUUGAUAGCAAUGGUUUAAUUCCAAUUGAUUUGGAAGACUACUUUGAGUUUUUUGAGCCUCCAAUUCUGACUGAAUGGGAUGUUGAUGUUCUGGACGGAAGUGAAGUACCUCUAGUCCCCGUUACUGAAAAGGAAAUGAGCAAAGAUCCAUCAUCGACCACCUUUUUAACCGCAAAUGAAAUACCACUUGAUAUCGAAAAGGAUGAAGAGUAUGAUCUUUUUGAUUGCAAAUCAGAUCUAAAAAGACAUAGUGAUAUGAUGUUUAGUAUGGGAGGGAAGAGUUACCACGGCAGUGAAAGUAGUUACGAAUUCCAUGUGAACCCAAGAGCAUCAAUGAGCAAUAAAUCAUAUACCACUAGAGGCUCUGGAAGCAGGAGAAGUUCCAAAUCUUUAUCCGUAUAUUACUACGAUAAGCCAUUGCCCCAGACUCCAUUCUCGGAUGUAAGACUGCCAUUUGGCAAUAGCCUAAUCCCCAACGGAAGAUCAAAUUUUGGCAACCUUGAUGAUGAUGUCAAUAUCUCUUUGAACAACUUGCAAGGAGUUGUGGAAUAUCCUGAUACACCAACAUCGUACUUGAAUUUUGUUAGCGAAACAAUUAUGGACGGAGUAACUCCAUCUUACUUUGAGAAAGAAGAAGCAGAUUUCUUCACUGAAUUCGAAACCAAAGAUGAGUAUUUGUACUUUUCAAACAACGAAGGAGGUAACAAAGAACCAGAUAUUGCUCCUAGAGCCAUCUAUGACAAGAAUAUCAACAUCCAAUUGGAUUAUUGCUUGGUAAACUUGGAAUCAGUUAACCAAUUCUUUAACCUUAUGGGUAGAAUUUACAGUUGCAACCGUAUUGACUUGAAACUUUUGAUCUCAAAUGAACAAGUGGUGAAAUAUAUCUUGAAUCGUUUGAGCAGACUUGAAGUUUAUAACUCGAUUGUCCUGUUGGGACUUUUCCCUGCCUUAAUGAUGAGUAAUGAUAUAAUGGAUAGUGCAGAUUUCAAGAAUAUGCUCCAAACUGGAUUAAGCUUUACUAAACUUCCCACUCAAUUGCUGAAAUUGAUUAUUGCUAAUAGUAUCAAUUUGGACGAAGCAAUAGUGUUCCCAGCGACUCUUUCGACUUUUGGGUUGCACAAUUCUAAAGGCUUCAACUUGACCAAGUUCAAUAACAUAAAGAAUUUGAAAAAGGUUUCAAUUACAAAUGACCCAGAAUAUGAAAACGAUCCACUUCAAUAUCCAAUAGAUGGAAAUGAUGGACCCAAAUUAAAACAAAGAAGAUAUUAUCCUGCUAAAUUAAUGUACUCAGUUACUGAUUUAGCAUUGUCUAGUAACUUUGUGGUAAGCAAUGACUUUGAAAAGUUCAGUUAUUUGAAAUCAUUGACGUUGGUGGGAUUAGAAGCUGACAUAUUCAAGACGAUUGUAUUCCCCAAGUCACUUAAGAGUUUAACGUUGAAGAGAUGUACCCUUUCCCCCAACCUUCUUACCAGAAUCCCUUCUAGCACAAAACGAUUGAAGCUUCUCUAUUGCAAGUUCUGGAAGCAAAAGGACCCUUUAAUUGGGAUGGGAUUAAAAUUACGAGGUAUUGAAAUGGAGAAGUGCGUGUUUCAGAGUCUUGAUUUCUUACUGAAGAUAUCUUCUUUGACGACUUUAGCUAUCAAAUCUUGUGGAGUCACUGACAUCAACAAUGACAGCAAAAUUAAAUUCCCACCAAAGUUAAGACAUCUUGAUUUUUCCCAUAAUAGAAUUUACGAUUUGGAUGCUGCAGCACUACCAUCUACCUUGGUGAAAUUGAAUUUACAAGGUAAUUUAUUAACCAACAUUAAACAGUUGUGCAAGAUACCCAGUUUACAAUAUUUAAGCUUAACUGAUAACAAAUUGAAACAUGAAUUAGACUUGACAUCGCUUUCUUGUUUAAGGAUUCUUUACCUUGAUGGAAAUAGAUAUUUGGAAAACAUAUCUUUCCCAAAGAGUGUGGAAAAGGUUAAUUUAUCGCGCACUGAAUUAGUAAAUUUCCCAUUCAGUUCAUCAGAAUAUUCCAAAAUUCACACUGUUGUGAUGAAUAGUUGUCAAAUAGUUCGACCAUUCUUGUUUGUUCCAGAAUCACUAGUCAAACUUCACCUCAAAAAUUGCAACAUUCUGAAACUUUCAUUUAUUGCUGAUAACUUUGAUCGGUGUCAAUUGUCGUAUGUUGAUCUCAGUUCUAACAACAUUUCCUGCAUUGAUAUGAGCAAAUUCGCCCGGUUGAAUUCACUAAAUCUCAGAGACAAUGCGAUUGUUUCCAAGCUGGCAAUCGAAACAACUACUGGUGCAUCAAUUCAAUUCUAG